AUGCUACUCAAUACAUGUUCCUCGUCCGAGAGAUCAUCGUGGUCAAAACAUUGUCCACAGUUCGAUAAUAUCCAAUUGAAAUGUCUGCCGAUCGACAAUGGAUCCAAUAGUAUACGAUCUGUACCGAAUGCUUGUUUCACACAAGUCAGUCCAACCAGAAUAGACAAUCCCCGCGUAGUUUUAUUUUCUCUUGAUGCACUUAGUUUGCUAAAUAUUCGUCAUGAGGUUGACCAUCUUGAUGAACAAAACUGCAAAGAGAAAACAGGAGAAACAAAUCAUCUAGUUGAAUAUUUGUCAGGAAACAAAUUAUGGCCUGGUAGUGAUCCCACAGCUCAUUGUUAUUGUGGGUAUCAAUUUGGUAAUUUUGCCGGUCAACUUGGCGAUGGUGCAGCUAUUGUGCGUAAUAUUCAAAAACAAAACGUAACAUCAUUUUGGAAUUUUUUUAUAAUCACUCAUUAUACGUUACUUCACUAUACUAGUUGGUUAUGGUAA